GUAUAAUGGAUAAUCUGUGGAUCCUCGCUGUCAGGAAUCCUUGGGACGUCCCUUUAAAUGGUUAACGUUAGGGCACAGAUAGAACAAUGAGAGGUUUAGUUAUAAAAAAUCUUUGGUUAGGGUUUAGUGUAGAGCCGUCCCAAGGAUCUCAGAUUGCACUAACCAAAAUAUGUGGCACUAGCCAGCUACUUCCGCUUUCUUGUCGCGCCCCCUCCGCAGUUUCGUGGGGCUGACCCUGCAUUCACGCUUGAAACCAACCGCCUCCCUACCGACACUUGUCAAUCCAGUUUAUUUGCUAGCCAAAUUAACGCUCUAGACUCGUCGUAGCUGCUGCCUGGAGGAGUGCUGUCCACAGCCACUGGCCAUGGAGCAAAGAAGCGGGUUUUCAUUGAUGAAGUAUGGGACGGCAGCGUCCCUCGCAAUGGUUCUGCUGGCGUACUGGUUCCGAUCUCCAGGGGAGUCAGGACUGGAUGACAGGCUGGACACGGUGCUGUCCUCCCUGCUGCGGGCUGAAAGCAAAGUGGGGAUGAACAACGCCAGACCCAGGGUGGCGAUAGGUUUAGGGGGUUGUGUUGACGUCAUCGUGGAUGGGGUGACGUUGCUGAAUAAGAUCGGCCUGCCGCCCACAGGCCAGCCUCUCCACCAUGACUACAUAGAGAACGCUGAUCAGCUGGCACAGAGCUUCGCUUACUUCUUUGCCCCGGGAGCCGCCUCAGAGCGGUUUGUGAUGAACGACACCCUAUUCAGUCAGCUGGUCGAGGCAUCUCGUGAGUUGCCCGGCAACCGCUGGGUCAUAGGUGGCAACGCCCCGGUGAUGGCUGGUCGCAUGGCAACCGAGGGCUGCGAUGUGUUGCUAGGGGGGAGCUUCAGCCCCGACUUCGCUGACGUACUGUCCCAGCACAUCACAGUUGCAGGUAAUGUUGUGGAGGAGCCAGAUAUUCAUCUGAUCCUGGAGUACCCAUCAGGAGCCACCUGGGGCCAGUACACCGCCCGCAGGGCCAACAGGUACAUAGUCCACAGUGAUGACCAUAAUCCAUACCUGGCGUCGCUCCAGGACUUUGAGGUGAAGCUGCAGGACUUCCACCCUGACCUGCUGGUGGUGGGCGGGCUCCAGAUGAUGGACAGCUUCCCCUUCCAACAGGGUGAGCGGGAAGCCCUGCUCUCUCGGCUGGGCAGUCUCCUCUCCUCCUCCUCCCCUCGUACGGGCGUCCAUUUUGAGAUGGCCAGCUUCGUGGAUGAGGGUCUAAUGGGGGACCUGCUGCGUCUGGUCCUGCCCCACGCCGACUCUCUGGGGAUGAACGAGCAGGAGCUGCCCAACCUGCUCAGCCUUCUGAGGGGCUCCAACAUCACCGUGCUCUCCGACCCCAACCCCCGCGUCGCUACCGUCCUCGACCAGAUGAGGGCGCUCUACCGCCUGGUCAACCAGCGCUACCGCGACGCUAAUGAGGAUAGCGACGUGGGCGCUUACGCCACUAGUGCCAAGGGCAGGCUGCUGACUCGGCUCCACGUACACACCCUGGCAUUCCAGGCCAUGAUCGUGACGCGCGGCUCCCAGUGGAAGAACACCAUGUCUGCCGUGGCCAAGGCCUCGCUCACCGCCAACCGCCACGUGUGCGGCUCGCCGGACAUCGACCCCAGCAAGGCGCGCCUCAUCAUGGACGAGUCAUUCUCGGUGAGUAAUCAGGAGGGGAGCCAGCGGAUCCCUCUAGAGGAGACAAGGCCCGUCAGCUGCUGGGACGAGGAUGACUAUGAGAUCUGUGUGGCACCCGUCCUGGUGUGCACCGAGGUUUACCAGACGGCCGGGGGAGGGGACAACAUCUCCGCCGCAGGACUGGUGCUGCAGAUCUGAGCCAUUGUUAGCGACGAACGGCUAACUCUGACGAAGCAUUAGCUUAACAGGGGCGGCCAACUCUGCUCCUGGGGGGGAGGUGGUGGGUGUGCACUCUUUUGCUCCAGCCCUACACUAACACACAGAAUUCAACUAGACAAGAUCCUCAUGAGCAUAUGAUAGGUAGGUCCGGAGCAAAAGCCAGCACACCCAGUAGCUCUCCACUAUGAUUGUUGGCCCCCUAGGAUUCACAGCUAGGCUAACGCGGCAAAGGGUAACACAGAGAGCCGUGAUAGCUGGCUAGCUGUCUGGAGCGCCACAGACUCCUUGAAUAAAUUCCACAUCUGUUUUCAGUCAGUCAGCCGGACAGAGACACAUACAACUCUUCCCAUAACAUGUGAAGACUUUUAGCAUUCUGGUUUUAGGUGUGUUGAUUUUUCAUUGUUUCAUGUUUGUUGUGUUGCCAGUGCAAUGAAUACGCGGGGUCCAGUGUGUCUGUGGCAGGGCCAAUCCUGCUCCUCUUCCCCCUCUCCUGAGCUCAUUUCUCUCCUGUCCUCUCUGAGCAGUAUGACCCACCUGACACACUCACACACACUCCAGACCUCUAUACUUCAUCUCAGACAGACCACGUCAAGACACGUAGCUCGUUCCCUCAUUCCAUCAGAAGAUUGA